UUCUCUCAACUCUCUCUCUCUCUAUAUAUAUAUAUCUAAAAAUCCUCCGUCUCUCAACAUAGCAGAUCCCAUCGGCGUUUCUCAACUAAAGAUAUGUAUGUUGAGAUCCAUCCAUUCUUCAGAUCAGUGGGCAUUUGUUUUUAGAUGUAUAGAUCUGGUUGGUGAUGUCCGGAUUUGGCCUACUCGAGAUGGUGUCGGUUGAUGGUCGAAGAUGAUUGUCGAUGGGGUAUUGUGGACGGUGGUUCUUGGAGGUGGUUGUGGGCGGCGGUUGCCGGAGGAGAUUGCGGACGGCGGCGGUUGGCGGUGUUUUUAACUGCAGGGAUGUUACCUGCAGUUGUGUUAUUUUGCCGGGACCAUUUCUGUAUAUUUCAAAACUUAAAAGGUUUAAGUUGGAAUAUUUUGAUUUGGGCCUAAAUUAGGCGCGAAAAUAAGUCGGUUAGUUAUGAUCAUAUACAUUCAUUUAAAAUUAUUAAGGAAUGAAGAAGAUUUUUCAUAUUUCUCUACUUCGGAUCAUUUUUUUGUUUCGUCAGGUGUCGAUCAACAAUGGAGAAUCCGCCAGAAUCAUCGCUACGAGAAGAAGUUUUGAAUAAAUUCAUUCUGCCGUAUUAUGAUGUAGUGAAGGAGUCACCAGAACGGCUUUUUGAUUUCUAUUUUAUUGAAAACCGUCAUCCGGAUUCAUGUUUAAUUGAUGAUAUUACUCAAAGAAUGAUGUUACUUGGCCAUGCUGACAUUGAGUUGCUAAAUGUUGAUCCAAAAAGUAUGUUUGUUGGUAGAGUUGGUGUUGUAGUUACUGGCCGUAUCACCAGGAAGGAUCGUAGUCCCCAGAGCUUUAAACAAGUUUUCCUUCUCGCACUUUUAGAGAAAGACGACGACUACUAUGUGUUAACUGACACACUGCAUUUAACGAGGAGUGCUGAUUAUAGUGAAAGAUACGUCACUCCUGCUGUGGAUGUGGGGCCUUCUGUAAUUCAUACAGUGCCGGAGAGUGAUGUUUCUGAGCGAGCUGAAUCUAAAGUCAAGAAACUGUUAAAGAAGUCGGAUGCAUCUGUUGUAUUGGACUCUAAGCAGAAAGCUGUCUCUGUCCCAACUCCUGCACCAGCUGAUGAAAUAAGAUUCUCAUUUGAAGGCUUCCCCGUCUAUAUCAGGGGUCUUCCAAGGGGUGUCACAGUAGCAAUGGUGGAGAAAGAAUUCCAAAGAUUUGGACCUAUUAAGCCUAAUAGCGUUCAAAUUAGGAACGAGGUUUUUGGGUUAGGCUUUCUCGAGUUCGAGGAUCACAAUUCACUGAAAAAUGCCAUUAUGGGUUCACCAGUUACAAUCAAUGGUCGCAGACCUGUCGUUGAAGAGGCAAAAAUUUGUAGAGCUCCUCUGACUCAGACCCAAGCAACACCUGCUACCAAUGAUGAACCUUCCACAUCCACAUUUUUUUCUAGGUCUGCCCCAUCUGAAAAAAAAUUUAAAAAAAGGGGAAAGCUUCCCUUCAACCCAAAAGAACGCGGAUGACUCAAGAAGAGAUUGAUGCUAUUAUGUUGGGUGGCUGCUUAUAAAUACGAGAUUUCAUCAGAGAGAAGACCUCACAAGGCCUAUCCUUUUUUUUUCCCCAAACUUUUGUCCAUAAGGAUAUGGUUGAACCAGAAUUCAACAUUUUAUAUGCUUAGAGAUGUUAUCCAUUCUUGAUAAUUGUAAUGACAUCAGCCGAUGUAAGCAACACAUGGGCUUGUGUUGCUGAAUUUUCCGACUUCCGUGGUUUUGGAACAUUAAACCUUAUGAUAUGACUUGAUAUUUCUGCA